AUUCGCUACAAUCGGCCCAACUCGCUAUGCGCCACGCCACAGCCUCACGUCCGACGUUAAUUUAAAAUGGAAAGUUUACCGGUUUAAGAGUGUGAGGACGCAGACGGUUGUCGAAAACGUGUUUUCAUCGACCAGCCGCACGGUCCUUUGUUAUCUCCGCAAAAGCUGGCUUAGAAAAACGGUUCUGUGAUCCCCUGUUUUUUUGUUGUAAACAUUUGUUUAACGUGUAAAUGUGUGCCAUAAAAUCUGUGCUGUGACUACUUAGACUGUGAAUUUACUAUUGUUUGUUAUUCGUUGUUGUUGAGGAAGAAGACUAGUUGUUUAAGAUGGCUAUGGCUGUCAAAUGGGAACAGUGAAGAUGAAGUGUCAGUUAGACUAAAGAAAAGUCAUCUCUAAUCCUACUUUUGUAAAACCCCAAGUAGAAUCUCUGAAAAAAAAAUAGCCAAAGAACAAUAUUUUGUAUAUCUUAUUUACAUUUAGAUAAGUCCGCGAAAACGGAAAUCGUUGUGUAAAAUCUACGGUAGUUUGUCAAACGUGCGAAAAUGAAUAUAGGAGUUUUGGAAGAAAACCGCGUGAUAUGCAGAUACAAUCUUCGGGGCAUGUGCCGGUUUGGUGGCAGGUGCAGGAACAUACACAUCGCCCCUGAAAAGCUCACAGAGAAAUUAGAAGCAGAAAACAAGAUAACGCCUACAAUCGACGCAGACUCUCUAGCGUCCUCUUUGGGCGCUUGCGCGUUGUCCCCCAAAAAGUCGAAGCCCUCGCCCAAGGAUAAAGGAGCAGCUUCCACGGUGAGCCCCAAGGAGGACCUUCUGGGCCUUGGCCCAAGCACCUCGUCAGCCGAGGAGGCUGUGGCCCUCGUAAAGAAGGUCGAAUCCGCCCACAAGACGUGCGGCAUCUGCUUCGACAUCAUCCUCCAGAAGGCCAACAGGCUGGAACAGACCUUCGGCAUCCUGCCCAACUGCAACCACUGCUUCUGCUUCACCUGCCUCCGCAAGUGGCGCCAGAGCAAGGAGUUCGAGUUGGACGUGGCCAAGGCAUGUCCAGAAUGCAGAACAGCGUCAGAUUUCGUGUACCCCUCCAAGUACUGGGUGGAAAACAAAGAAGAGAAAACUGAAUUCAUAGACGCCCAGAAGCAGAGGAUGAAGAAACAGAACUGCAGGUACUUCCGGCAGGGUAAGGGCAAGUGCCCCUUCGGCAAUACGUGCCUCUACCUGCACGCCCUCCCCAACGGCAAGACGCUCGACGUCGGACCGCCUCGUCCAAGACGACGCAGGCCUUCAGGUAUAGGUAUAGAUAACGAUCUGGUGCACCAAAUCCUCUUCUGGCUGAACGACGACGAUCUCGACGAUGACGACGUCGAUGACUUCGAGCUCGAUCUGUCCGAUCCGUGCAUCGCGAUGCAAUACUACGACCAUGGCGAUAUCCGGCGCUACAUCGCCAUGGAGCGUCUCAUGCGGGGCGACGACGGAGACGACGACGACGACGACAGCGACUACGAGUUCCUCCUUUUCUAAGUAAGAAGCGAGGGUGUAAAGUGUCGUCUGUCGCUUAUUUUCGUGCCGCUGAAUGUCUGUCUUAUAAUUUUUUGUAUUAUGGUUAGUUUUCUUCGAUUAUUAUUGCUUAGUUAUUUUUAUUAUUACUAUUAAACAUAAUGUAUUCAUUUGUGUAUUCUUAAGUAAUAAAAACUUCAGUUUAUUUAAAUGA